AACAAUCACCACAUUAGAAUGAUUGCUUCUAAUUAGUUUACCAACAGUAAUAAAAUAAUGUCAAUAUUUUCGAAUAUGUGGUCCAUUUAAAGCUCCCAUGUUGGUAGAAAGUUAAACAGUUUCGUGAUAAAUAUAAUUUUGGAUGUUGCGAUGACUUGGAAGAUGGCCAAAAAACUGUUCGCUGCGAUUACCAGGAAGAAGACGUUUACAUACAAUGAAGAAACUACAAGUUUAGCAAGAGUGCUCUCCUUGGUAGAUCUGAUUGGUCUAGGUGCUGGUUCUACACUAGGUCUCGGAGUCUAUGUCCUCGCAGGAUCUGUUGCGAAAACCUACGCAGGCCCAGCAUCUUCGAUAUCGUUUUUUAUUGCAGCUAUAAUAUCGCUAUUUGGAGGAUUAUGCUAUGCAGAAUUUGCAGCUAGAGUACCAAGAACUGGAUACGCCUACGCUUACUGCUAUGCGGGAGUAGGAGAACUAGUCGCAUUCGUAGUGGGAUGGAAUUUACUUUUGGGGGCAGUAUUGGGGGCUGCCAGUGUGGCUAGCGGAAUGAGCAGUUAUAUAGACGCAUUGUUUGAGAAGAAAAUUGCUUUAACUAUUGCAAGCUGGUUUUCCAUUGAUGUGCCUUAUCUCACACACACGCCAGAUGUUCUGGCCUUAGCAAUCAUUGUACUUCUUACAAUUCUUCUAUCUGUUGGCAUGAAAGAAUCCUCUAUGUUCAAUAAUAUUUGUACUGUCUUGAAUCUACUGACGAUAUUCACUGUCAUUGUGGCAUGUGCUAUUAAAGCGGAUAUCAAAAACUGGGCAAUUUCCAAAGAAAGUAUCAAACCUGAGUACAAAGAACAAGCAGGAGGAGGAGGAUUCUUCCCGUACGGGAUUGCAGGAGUAAUAGCAGGAACACCCAAUUGCUUUUUUGGCUUCACUGGAUUCGAUGCUCCUGCCGCUUGCAGCGACGAAGCCAAAAACCCUAAAAGAAACAUUCCUCUCGCCAUUCUGAUCUCGUUGCUACUCGUUUUCGUCGUCUACUUUAGCAUUUCGACGGUCUUAACGCUGGCAUGGCCUUAUUAUCUGCAGAAUGAGAAUGCGCCAUUCCCAUACGUUUUUGAACAGUUCGGAUGGAUAGAGGUAAAAUGGAUAGUAACAAUUGGAGCCAUUUUUGCUCUAUCUUCAAGCGCUUUCGGAUCAAUGUACUUUACUCCAAGAGUGGUUUACGCCAUGGCAGAUGAUGGACUGAUCUUCAAAUUUUUAGCCAACGUUCAUCCAGUCACGAAGACUCCGUUAAUCUCGACUAUUUUAUCUGGAGUGAUUUCAGGGUUGAUGGCGACAUUUUUGGACUUAAAUGCUUUGAUGGACUUAAUGACUAUCGGUGCUUUCUUCUCUUAUGUGAUAGUCGCUGCAUCAGUUAUAGUAUUAAGGUAUGAAACCACAUCGACUGUGAUAGAGCCAGUAUCGGACCAAACGUUUGCUGUACACCCAAAAAGAAAGUACUUCGGAAGUCUAUUCAACAUCAGCAAAAACAAGAUUCCCAACAAGACAUCAUCUGCAGUGACAAACAUCAGCACGCUGUUCUUCACUAUGAUGACCUGUAUAUUCUGUGUGAUAUUUAAAAACCCUCAAUUCUUCGGCACACACAGAGCUUACUACAUCAGCUGCUCGUUCACCGCUGUGUUAAUGCUGGUAAUGGCACUUAUAAUUUUCAGACAGCCUCAAUCUAAAGAGAAGAUAUCUUUCAAGGUUCCUCUUGUGCCUUUUAUUCCCUGUUUGAGUAUAAUUUUCAAUCUGUAUAUGAUGAUGCAAUUGAGUUUAUUCACUUGGAUUGGAUUUCUAGGAUGGAUUUCUAUUGGUUGCUUGGUAUACUUCUUUUACGGAAUUAAACAUAGCGAAGAAAAUAAACACACUCCGAAAGAAACGACGCAAUGAUGACGCAAAUAAUUAUAAAAUAUGUGAAUAUAUAAAUAAACCAUGAGAUUGGAUUCUAGUCAGUAAUAUUUUCUACUUAUUAUUAAGGACUAUGUUAGCGACACAUCUUAUAACAAUGUAUAAUAUGUAUAUUUUAAACAUUUUCACAUUUAUAAUUAAAUAUAUAUACU